AAAAUAGCUUAGGUUUAGAGUUUUUUUAUGGAUCGGGUUUUAUGUUUUUCCUUGUUCGAAUUCCCUCGCUUCGUUUUCGUAUGUUCUGGUAAUAGCUGUAAUGGCAUUGGGAAUGGCAUUUAUUCUAUUACAUUUUUCCUUAUGCAUUCAUAUUUUACGUGAAGGUGUUUCAAACUGCUUAGUUUAGCUGCCUUAAGUUGCUAAACAGUUAAACACCACCUUUCUAAAGUUUAUUUGAUGUUAGUUUGAACCAUUCUACUUCGGAGUAAUGUCUGAAGCAGAUAAAGCCAAAGUUAUCUACAAGGAUUUUGACCGGAUAGUGAAAGCUAGGACAUCUGGAGGUCAAGUUUCUGCAUUAGAUGAACAGAGGUUACGCGAUUACCAAAUAAGAAGAUUACGUAGAUUAUGGCUUAAAGAUCAAAUCUUGACAGCGCGGGAACCUCUGCUACCACCAGCUAAGUUGACAAGGAUAGAAAAGUUUCAAGCAGCUGAAGAUAAAUUCUGGGGAAGAUUUUUAAAAUUCCGAACCCUUACUCCAUAUCUCUACUUGGGUAGCAAUUUUAAGGAAAUUCCCCUUCUAAUGCUUUAUAAGUUGCAAAGAUCCAUACGAACUUAUUUGUUUGUUUUCAUCCCUGGUACAUUGAUCCCACUUUAUUUUUUGAUGAACAUGGACUCUAAAAUCCCAAACAGUUCAAUCCAAGAGAAACCCAGAGUCUACCCUGGUGAGAAGACGUUUAAAGCACGCCUUGAAGAUGUCAAAAUCGACCCAAGUACUGGUCAGUUUCAACUUCCUGAUGCGAAAUAAUUGUGUGCCAACUUUUGUCUGUUUAUCUCUAUAAAAUUCACAAAAUAAAUUAUCCUCUAUAAAAUUGAA